UAAUAUAUUUUUGUUUUCCGCCAACAAAAAAACCCUAUCGCUUACGACUCUCGAUUUCGAACCGAUCCCCAAGUUCCAUCUCUCUCCAGGUCCAAUUGCAAGCCCAAUUUGCCGAUCGAGGGUCUCGGCCUUCGGAACCCUAGAUCUCAGACCUCGGAAUCGCGCCGUUCCGGCGUGGAUUUGCUGCCAGAUCUUCUUCUUUUCGCUGAUGAAUAUUGCUGUUCAGUUCAAGUUUCUGGGUAGAUGGGCUUUAGAUUUGAUAUUCUUGAAGCCCAUGGCUUGUGAUGAAGCACCAAAUCUGUUUUCCCUUGUGUUUUUGUGUCGCUAACUUGUUCAUAGGCAUCCUGUGCUGUUAAAGGAGAUUAGCUAAGAUUUUCAGGCAGCCAAGAUGGAGAUGGAAAACCAGGAUGUGGUAAUGAAUAAUGAGCUUGUUCCUAUGGAUACACAAGGCAUUGAGUCAGAAAUGCAACUUGAUAUUUUAGAGCCUCAGCCUGCCUAUAUGGAGAUGCCAGAGGGUAAUACUGAAACGACGCCGCCUACCAAGAGGAGGAAAAAGAAGUCGGUUGUGUGGGAACAUUUCACCAUCGAGAAUGUUGGUCCCGGAUGCAGGAGGGCUUGCUGUAAGCAAUGCAAACAGUCAUUCGCAUACAGCACAGGGGCUAAGGUAGCUGGUACGAGUCAUCUCAAGCGUCACAUUGCAAAGGGGGCUUGCCCGAUGGUGUUGCGCAAUCAGGAGAAAAAUCAGAUCACCCCAUACAGUGCUCCUUCAAAGAUUAGCACAUUUACUGACACACCAAAACGACGCUAUCGACAAGCAAGCAGCGUACCUUUAAUGAACUUUGAUGCAGAUCGGUGCCGACAUGAGAUUGCUAGGAUGAUUAUUAUGCAUGACUAUCCCCUUCACAUGGUGGAACACCCUGGUUUUGUGGCCUUUGUUCAGAAUUUACAGCCUCGUUUCGAUAUGGUCAGCUUUAAUACUGUUCAGGGAGACUGUGUUGCAACUUAUUUGAGGGAGAAACAGGUCAUUCAGAAAGUUCUCGAGGGGGUGCCAGGGCGAAUCUGCCUUACACUGGAUUUAUGGUCCUCAUCCCGAACUACUGGAUAUGUGUUUGUUAGAGGCCAGUUUGUUGAUAGUGAAUGGAAAAUGCACCAUAAGCUGCUUAAUGUGAUCAUGGAGCCUUAUCUCGACUCUGAUACUGCUUUCAGCCAUUCUGUCGCUGCAUGCCUGUCCGACUGGAAUAUGGACGGCAAGUUAUUCUCUGUAGCUAUAAACCAACAGCUGAGUGAUGGUGCAAUUGAUAAUCUUCGAGCAUUGCUGUCGGUUAAGAACCCCUCGGUUCUUGGUGGCCAGCUGUUGUUGGGAAAUUGCCUCGCACGAUCCCUAAGUAACAUUGUCCAGGAUGUAUUAGCUUCGGUUCAGGGCAUUGUUAAGAAAGUUAGGGACAGCGUCAAGUACGUUAAGACUUCAGAAUCUCGCGAGGAGAAGUUUGUCGACCUAAAGCAGCAACUUCAAGUGCCUAGCUCGAAGACACUUUCCAUUGACGUCCAAACUCAGUGGAACACGACUUAUGAAAUGUUGUUGGCUGCGUCUGAAUUGAAGGAAGUCUUCUCUUGCUUGGAUACUUCUGAUCCCGACUACAAGGACGCCCCCUCGGCUGAAGAUUGGAGGCAAAUUGAGAUUCUGUGCAGUCAUCUAAAACCACUCUUCGACACAGCCAAUCUUCUGACCACCGGAGCUACUCCGACAACAAACGCUUAUUUCCAUGAAGCAUGGAAGAUUCAGUUAGAAUUGGCGCGCGCAGCAACCAGCGAAGACCCCUUUGUGAGUUCUCUGACCAAGCUUAUGCAAGAGAGGUUCGAUAAAUACUGGAAGAGUUGCUGCUUUAUUCUAGCGCUUUCUGUGGUUAUGGAUCCCCGGUUCAAAAUGAAGCUCGUUGAGUUCAGUUUCUCAAAGAUAUACGGCGAGGAGGCUGCCUCAUAUGUCAAAAUAGUCGAUGACGGCAUCCACGAGCUAUUUCUCGAAUACGUAGCUCUCCCGCUGCCCCUAACUCCGGCAUAUGCCGAAGAAGCCAAUGGAAUGGGCGCCGCCAAGCCUGAGGAUGCUCAAGGAAUGGAAAUCUCAGGCAAUGGUCUUGGACUCACAGAUUUCGAUGUUUAUAUCAUGGAAACGACGAGCCAGCUAUCCAAGACUGAAUUAGAUCAGUAUCUGGAAGAGUCCCUUUUGCCGCGAGUGCACGAAUUCGACGUGAUCGGGUGGUGGAAGCUCAACCGGAUGAAGUAUCCGACGCUCUCGAAAAUGGCUCGGGAUAUUCUGUCGAUCCCUGUUUGUACAGUGCCUGCAUCCUCCGUAUUCGAUACGGUUCAGAAGGAGAUGGACAGUUACCGGUGUUCUCUUCGACCCGAGACGGUGGAGGCGCUGAUAUGUGCCAAGGACUGGCUUCAGUCGGGGAAAGUCGAGGCUCCGGCCCCUGCCUUGAAGAUGGAUCUCCCGAUCUAGCGAUGUCGAACAAUGGGUAAAAUCUUAGAUAUAGGAAGGGAAUGUUUAUUUGUGAUAGACAUGACAUGACAUGACAUGAUUUGUGUUGGUUGUUUGUUGUAUAAUAUUGGGAUUGUGGAGAUUGCAUGUAACAACAACAUAUUCUA